AUAAAAAGAGCCCAAGGCGCUCUGCACGGAGGAGAAACUGCAGCUGCGAGGAAGGGAGAAAUCAGGACAGGAUCAAUAAGAAACCUGAAAAAUGAGACCUAGAAUGAAGUAUUCGAACUCCAAGAUUUCCCCGGCAAAGUGCGACAGCACAUCAGGCAGAGCCCUGGUCCCGCCUUGCAAAAUCACAAGAUCCCAACAGAAGACCAAAGAUAUCUGCCAUGUCUACUGCAUGAGGCUCCGUUCUGGCCUCAUCAUAAGAAAGGAAACCUGUUAUUUUGGAAAAGAACCUGCCAAAAGAUAUUCACUAAAAUCAGGUAGCAAGCAUGAAGGGAGGCUCUCUGCCUGUUUACCAGAUUCUAGGAAGAGAUCCCUGCUUGGCAGUAUCCAAGCGUUUGCUGCAUCAGUUGACACACUGAGUAUCCAAGGAACUUCACUGCUCACAGAAUCUUGUGCCCUGAGCACAUACAAUGACCAAUCUGUUAGUUUUGUUUUGGAGAAUGGAUGUUACGUGAUCAAUGUUGAAGAUUGUGGGAAAAACCAAGAAAAAGAUAAGGUGCUACUCCGUUACUACGAGUCUUCCUUUCCUGCACAAUCAGGAGACGGUGUGGAUGGGAAGAAGCUGAUGGUGAACAUGAGUCCUAUCAAAGACACAGACAUCUGGCUGAAUGCCAAUGACAAGGACUACUCUGUGGAGCUCCAAAAGGGUGAUGUCUCUCCGCCAGAUCAGGCCUUCUUUGUUCUUCACAAAAAGUCCUCUGACUUCGUUUCAUUCGAAUGCAAGAAUCUUCCUGGCACUUACAUAGGAGUAAAAGACAACCAACUGGCUCUGGUAGAAGAGAAUGAUGAGAGCUGUAACAAUAUCAUGUUUAAGCUCUCUAAGAUGUAACGUAAUAAAAGGUCUGUGCCUUCUGGGUUAAAUGGUUUAAUGCUUCCGACUGAAGAAAGGCCAACAGAGAGAAAGAAAGCCGUUCUUGGUUUAAGAUGAUGUGAAAUGUUAUAUAGAAGAUUUUCUCUUAUUUCCUUUUGUAGAGCUGCAUGUUCAACAAAGACGUGAUCCUAUGACUUAGGGCAAUUGGUAAAGAAACAGAUUCAGCCCUGCCCUUUCCUUUUCUCUGCUUUGAGUCCUGCAUGAAAUCGCACUCACAGACCUCUUCAGAAGAGCACGCACCACAGCUCACGUUUUGCUUUCAAAAAUCUUCAUCAAAACAAAACAACAAAACAAAA